GAGAGAGAGAGAGACCUGUAGCUGAGGAAGUGCUCCACAAACCUGAGCCCUGUGGCAUUUGUCUCCCGUCCUGUGAGAGCGGACUGCGAGGAAGACGCCGCCUGGCCAUGGAGUGCUUCAAGAGCUGCUGCCGGACGUUCAUGAGCCCGGGGGGGAAGGAGCACGAGCAGCAAGUGGUCACGCUGAAGAUGCCCCCCGACGCCGGGCCGGCGCCCGGGUGGGAGUCGGACGAAGGGAGAGGCUGGGUCACAGAGGACUACCUGCUCUCCAAGCUGCCGCCGGACGGCAGGGAGGUGCCGUUCGUCCUGCCCACCUUCAAGGCCUCCUACGUCCAGCCCAGGGGCUCGCAGUACCCGGACCUACAGAGUUCGGCCCGGUGCACGUACGCGCAGAGGAAAGCCGAGCUGCUCGCCUCCGGCCACUGGGGCCACAACCUGGAGUCCGGCUUCCGCCAGGGUCACGUGACGGAGCACGCGUCGCCCGGAUCGGCCCGCCGGGACACCCUGAAGAACGGCGGCCCGCAGAGCCCAGGUUGGACCCUGAAGCCGGACGGCCAGCGGCGCCUCAGCAGCUCCAUGUUUGAUCUGUCCAGCCCUCAGGGCCGCAUGCAGCGCUUCGACUCGGCCUCCAGCAUCCUCAGCAGCGCCUCCUCAAGGAUGGACUCCCUCGAAAGCAGCCUGGACUCCAUCACGCUGUCCGGGGACGAGCGCGAGCUGGGGAAGGUGUGCGUGCGCCUGAGCUACCAGGAGGCGGUGGAGCAGGUGUGGAUCACCGUGGUCCAGUGUUCUGACCUCAACCUUCCUCCUGAUGGAGCGGAGCCACAGAAGAUUGGAUUUAAAGGCAUCAUCACCGUCCCCAAACCCAUACAGUUCAGGAGCUCAGUGAAAGAGUACUGUCAGGAUGUGUCGUUCAUGGAGACCUUUGUGUUCACCGUGCGCCUCCAGCAGUUGCGAUGCAGCGCGUUGGUGCUGCGGCUGCAGACGCACAACCCCAGGAGACGCGCGGUGGCGGAGAGCGUCCUCUCACUGCGACAGCUCGACAGCCAGGAGACCGAGCACUGGCUCGACUUCAACCCUCCAUCUAAAUCCUCAGUCUGUCACUCUGAGCUGCAUCUCACCACCUGCUUCCAGCCGGUCAACGGGCGCAUUCAGCUGCAGGUCCUCGCCGCCCACAACCUCCCAGCAUCCUCCUCCCCACUGGGUCAAUCCUUCUUCGUCAGGGCAGAGAUGCAGCAGGCGGGCCGGGUGGUGAUGACGAAGAAGACCCGCGUGAAGAAGCCCUCCGGGGGUCAGUGUCAGUGGGCGGAGACGUUCCACUUCCUCCUGGCAGCUUUGGACCAAGUCUGUUCCCUGUCGGUCAAGCUCUACAGCCGCAGCUCGGUCCGGAGGAAACACUGCGUGGGACAGGUUCAGCUGGGGUUGGACAGCGCCGUCCCCGAGGCCGUGGAGCAGUGGAGGGACACCAUGGCCCACCCAGAGAAGGUGGUGGGGGCGUGGCACAGGCUGAGCCCGUCCUAGAACCCCCCCCCCCGGACUCCUCCCCGCACGCGGGUCCAGACGCCUGCUUUGGCCGCGCUGGCCCGUGAACGCCGGGCCGGAUCUGAAGGCCGGCGCCCAGCGAGCCGCUGUAAAUAGUAAACAGGGUUUUGCACAAAGGUAGCGGCUUUAAAAGGUUUUCAUAGGUCGUAGGCACACGAGCAUCAGGUCCUCAAUUCAUUAAUCAAAACCCAUAGCUUUGUAUAUGAUGCUAACAUUUAUAAGGAAGAUGUAGAAAUGGCCGCUUUCUCUCUCAGUCUGUUUAAGCUGGUUAGGUUUACAAGUGGAAGAUGUGACCAUAAAACCAUAACAGGACCCACUUUCAUGACUGGAUGCUGACAGUGUUGGAUCUAACAGCAGACAGAUCCACACAAAGAGCUAUAUUCCACGUUUCAGUGUUUUCUAGCUUGUUUAUGGCUAGUGUGAGUUUUAGGGGCCGUACCUGGGAUCUGUAGACAAAUACACAAUAGAAACUCACCAGGGGAGUCGUUUUACUUCCUAAAAUGUGAGCCAGGUUGUCUCCAAACUAACUGUACGUGACGUGAUGUCACUAUAAAAAGCUACAGCAGCGCAUGUAUCAAACCUUAAAGGCACUUUCUAAAUGUAUUUAAUGUUUUAGUAUUGACAGUCUGGCGAAUAAAAGUAGGUGUUAUUC